CGCAAACAGCACCAUCUGCGCGUCGCAGUGACAGCAGCCAAGCCAGCGGGUGGUCAAAACCCCCCGGGCACAGGAGACAAAGGGAGGGUGGCUUUUCUGUGCUGCCCUUGUUUGUCGCUGCUGUCUCUUCUACUCCAAGUAAUACAUAAACUCCUGUCUCACCGCAGAGCCGUGUUCGCCCGCACAAAAGGCACACAAAAGCGAAUCAGCAGCCGCACAACACACACGCACGCAUUCGAACCACAAUAACCAUCGCGACAGCCAAGCGACAUCAACUCUGACUGCGACUGCUACUGCUGCUACCCCAACCAUGGGCCGGCGAGAAAGGCGCGUCGCGCGCUCCAUCGUCUUUGCCAUCCUCAACAACAAGGACGACGGCAAGCCACCCAAGAAGCCCUCCCUCCUCGCCCGGGCUCUGCGCCUGCUCAACCUGUACUGGCUCACCUUUGAGCUGCUGCGCAGAGACCUCUUCAGCUCCCUCCGCUCGGCGUGGGGCAUACCCGAGACCGAGUACAAGGCCAGCUUCGUCGCCCGGGGCAGCAAGAAGAAGAAGGACGCCCUCGAGCCCCUGGGCGACAUGGGCUACAGCGGCUCGACCUUUUUCCGCACCUCGGACGCAAGGUACCUCGUCAAGUCGGUCCCGCGCGGGUUCGAGAACAGCUUCUUCAAGAAGGAGCUCAUCGUCCCCUACGCCGAGCACAUGCAGCACAACCCGGGCAGCAUCCUCGUGCGCAUCACCGACUUCCUCCAGAGCCGGCACAAGAGCAUCGGCAUGUUCUUCGGGCUCGCCCCGAGCCACCACAUUGUCAUGGAUAACCUCCUCUGCGGCAGCAGCGGCGGCGACGAGGGAUCCGUCCCCAAUACCAAGUGGGAGUCGUGGGACCUGAAGCCCACCUCGUACUUCUUCCCCGAGCGCGACGUCGCCGGCGGCGCUUUAGCCUCGGAGGCGACAAAGUCUCGCCUGCCCGACGAGUUCGACGACAAGAUAUACCUCACGGUGGCCCAGCGAGACGAGUUCCUGGCACAGCUGCGCAGGGACACCAAGCUGCUCGCGGACGCCAACGCCGUCGACUACUCGCUCUUCCUGGUGAGGGUGACCAACGAGCAGGACCAGGACGCACAGGUGCCAUCCGUGACGACACAGCAGGAGCACGACGGCAAGCCAAGCUGGAGGACAGGCAUCACGAGCCCGGACAGCAAGCAGACCUACCGCGCGGCGGUGCUCGACUUCUUCUGGUCCAAGCACUCGAUGCACGCAAAGGCCAUGACGGGGCUCAUCAAGACGUACAACGUGAUUGACGAGCGGGGCCCCAUGAGCAUCACGGCCGAGAGCAGCGAGUACCGCGAUCGCUUUGUCAAGAUGUGCGAGGAGAUGAUCGAGGUGCAGGGAGAGUAGGCAGGUGCUCAAGUAUGAUGCAGUGCUGGCCAGAAUGAAAUGAGGUUGUGUUUGGGAGGACCGAGUAAGAAGGGUACUUUGCCAUGUCUUUUCGUUGCCAUGAUUACGCACGUCGCGUGAGGCUUUUUGUCUUUACUUUAUGUAGUGAUACCCCCCCUAAUAAACCAACCAGAUCGUCAUCCUUCUUUAA